CGCAGUGAGUCACUUCCAGCCAUCGCAGCAGCUGGUGGAUCGUUUAACAGGCGUCCUGCCUCAGCCCGAGUCCUGCUGCUUGGAUCUGUCCCGUCCAGCGCUCACUUCUGCGGAGACGACACACAGAUCCACGGGCUGCGCAGGAUGUGGGUCGAGGCAGACUGGAUGGAAACCCUAAAACACUGAGGCCUUCGUUUUAAAUAAAUACAGCUUUUCACCUGAGCCUGUGCGACGAGACGACCUCGCUGAUCCAAAAUGGCCGCUGUCGGCACGUUGUUGUUGUUGCUGGCGGUGACGGGCGUCUGCAGCGGGAGUCUGGUUGUGGUGAACUCGGGUGUGGAGGUCACCAGGGGUCGAUCAGCGUUCAUCACAGAGAAGGAGCUGAAGAUCGGCGUGGAUCCGACCGCAGACUGUAAGGUGGAGGUGGUGAUGAACGAACCCAUCGCUCAGAGAGUGGGGAGGCUGACUCCACAGGUGUUUGACUGCAGCUUCCUAGAGGACGAGGUGAAAUACGUCCACAAUGGCAGUCCUCUGCUGGACGAGGACGCAGUGAUGCUGAGAGUCUACAGGUUCACGCCCUCGGACACGCUGGUGGAGACGGUGGUUCUGCCGGUGCGGGUGGUGGACUCCGAGUCUGGUGUGGUGGAGCUGGGCAGCGCCCCGCUGACGGUUCCUCAGUUCUACGGUUUGUCCAACGCCAUCGACCGCUCCGUCCUGAACAUCCGGACCACGGCCGACCUGGUCUGCACCGUCAGACUGAUGACCACCGACACCAGUGUCCCCGCUCUGGGUCAGCUGGUGAGGGAGGAGGACUCCACCCAGAGGAAGGGCAGAGAGACGGCGGCGCUCUGUCCGGGGAACAAACCCUGUCUUCACGACGCCAAGGAGGUUCGCUCCCUCAAAACCAGCUGCCAGGACUUCCUGAGCUCCGGUCUGAAGUACCAGCACCUCAGCCCUCCGUCACCAGAGAUCGACUACAUCCCCAUCAGGGUGGAGCUGAGGGAGCAGGCCACCAGGGCCCUGCUGGAGGUGCAUCGGCUGUGGUUGCCGGUCCUGAUUCACGGUGCGAUGCAGAACCAGCCGCCCCAGGCCGCCUUCAUGGCCUCCUUCAUCCUGGAGGUGGACCAGUUCAUCCUCACCCCGCUCACCACUGCCACCCUGGAUGCCGAGGACCACGAGACGCCGCGGGAGAGGCUGGUCUUCGGCGUGACCGUCCCGCCCACCGAGGGCUACAUCACCCACCUGGAUGACCACACUAAGCCCAUCACGUCCUUCACCUGGCUGGACCUCCACGAGAUGAAGGUGGCCUACCAGCCGCCCAACAGCAGCCAGUCACAGCGCAGGAACUAUGAGGUGGAGUUCCAGGCUAUAGACGGCUCCUAUGUGACCAGCCCGCCCAUCGUGGUCCACAUCUCCGUCAGGGCAGCUGAAACAAACGCACCCAGAGUCUCCUGGAACAUGGGUUUGGACCUGUUGGAGGGCCAGUCCCGACCAAUCACGUGGGAGGAGCUGCAGAUAGUCGACAGCGACAACGUCGAUGCCGUCUACCUGGUGGCUGUGGAUGGGCCUCUUCACGGACGCCUCAGUGUCAGAGGCGGGAAGGCGUUCAUGUUUCGCGUGCGGGACCUGAGGGAGGGCGUGGUGGUCUACCAUCACUCCGACAGCGACACCACGCGUGACCACAUCGUCUUCCGCAUCAGCGACGGCCGUCACAGCAUCCGCCACAAGUUCCCCAUCAACAUCCUGCCUAAAGACGACUCCCCGCCGUUCCUCAUCAACAACGUGGCGGUGGAGGUGCAGGAGGGCGGGGCCGUGAGGCUGGAGGAGUACAUGCUCCUAGCCUCCGACCUGGACUCCAGCGACGACUACAUCCUCUACCAGAUGGUCUCCAGCCCCCGGGCGGGGCAGCUGGUCAGGAAGACCUCCACCCACGAGACAGGAGCGCCAGUGGACCGUUUCCUGCAGAGAGAUCUGAUCCAGGGUCAGAUCUACUACCAGCACUCAGGGGAGGAACAGUUUGAGGACUCCUUCGACUUCACGCUGUCUGACAGCCACCAGCCGCCCAACCUCUCCCAGACAUAUACGGUGGUGGUCCACGUUUUCCCGGUGAAGGACCAGCUGCCGGUGGAAGUUUCCGGCAGCGUUCGCUCUCUGACGGUGAAGGAGACGGAGGUGGUUUACGUCACUCAGGCUCACCUGCACUUCACUGACAGAGAGCAUCCAGACACAGACCUGAGCUACGUCAUCACACAUCCCUGCUUCAGCCCACUGCAUCCUGGGCUGAUGGAUGCAGGACGUCUGUUCUACACAGACAGCACUAACAGCAUGAAGAGAGACCACAUGGUGCCGGUGUUAAAGUCCUUCACACAGCAUGCAGUGAACCACAUGAAAGUGGCCUUCAUGCCUCCUGUGGAGGACAUCGGCCCGGAGCCGCUGUUCGUCCAGUUCGUCUUCUCCGUCAGCGACCACCACGGCGGCACCGUCUCCGGCCUCCUCUUCAACAUCACCGUCACCCCCGUGGACGACCAGGCGCCAGAGGCCUUCACCAACCUGCUGCGGGUGGAGGAGGGUGGAGGGGCCUUUGUGACUGAGGAGCACCUCCUGGUUCAGGACCGGGACAGCCGGGAGGAGGUGCUGAGGGUGGAGGUUCAGAGGACGGCCCGUCACGGCCGGCUGGAGCUGCAGGGCCGAACGCUGCUGCAGGGAGACGGACUGACCCUGCAGGACCUGAGAGGACUCCGACUCAGGUACAUCCACGACGACUCUGAGACCACUGAGGAUGAAGUCGAUCUGAAGGUGACGGACGGUCUGAACUCAGUAGAUGUCGUCCUGCCGAUACAGGUCCUGCCGAUGAACGAUGAACCUCCCCAGCUGGGUGGGGGUCUGCGGGGGGAGCUAAGCUGCGAGGAGGGGGGGCAGGUCCAGAUAACGGUGGACUACCUGUCGGCCACAGACCGGGACAGCGAUGACUCCAGACUGACCUACAUGCUGGCUCGGAGUCCAGGCAGAGGGGAGCUGCAGAGAGCUGGACUGACUGUGGACAAGUUCUCCCAGCAGGACCUGCUGCAGGGACACAUCUACUACGUCCACACAGGAGGAGAGAUCGGACCCCAGCCGGUGUUUGACACCGUCACCCUCAUCAUCUCUGACGGCGAGGCUGGAGGGACGGACGGCUGUUGCCACGGAGACGCCCCGCCCCCACCCGUGCCUCUCCACGGCACACUUCCCGUGUACGACCUCAACAUCACCGUUCAUCCUGUCAACAACAAAGUCCCCACCGUCACUCUGGGUGAGUCCGUGUUGGUGGUGGACGAGGGCUCCUCGGCCUGUCUGUGUGGGGGGGUCCUGGGGGCCUCAGACCCUGACAGCCCCCCCGACCAGCUGACCUUUCACCUGGAGACUCCUCCUCUGCACGGCUUCCUGGAGAACACGCUGCCGACGCCCGGCUCCGAGAAGAGCAACGCAGGAGUCCGAGUCGAAUCCUUCAGUCUCGUCCACCUGACCUCCGGUUUCAUCAACUACGUCCAAUCGGAGAGCAAAGGGGCGGAGCCAACUGUCGACCAGCUGUCCGUUAGUGUGAGUGAUGGGCUGCACCGCUCCGCCCCCGUCCCCUUCUACAUCAUCAUCAGCCCAACCAAUGACGAGACGCCUUCGCUGCUGCUCGCCAACUUCACCGUGAAGGAGGGCGGGACGAGGGAGCUGACUCCGUCCUUACUGAACGCUUUCGACCUGGACGCCCCUCCGGACGUCCUGACUUUCACGGUGGUGCAGCCGCCGGCUCACGGCAGCCUGAUCAACGGCAUCUACGGCACCGAGAUGAGCCGCUACAGGGAGAUGGGAGCUGACCUCCUGCAGAGGAGCCUCUCCGUCACCUCCUUCACCCUGCAGGAGCUCCGUCAGGGCAUGAAGAUCGUGUACAUGCACGAUGACACAGAAACCCUGAAGGACGCCGUGGCUCUGCGGCUGACAGAUGGCAUCCACACAGUCCAGGGGACGGCUCGGGUCACCGUGCUGCCGGUCAACGACGAGAAGCCGCGGCUGCUCAAGAGCGCUGGGUUGGUGGUGGACUCUGGUGAGCGCAGGGUGAUCUCCAGUGUUGCUCUGGAGGCCGAGGACCUGGACACCCCCCCAGACCAGGUGUACUACUUCCUCAACGCUGCCCCACGCUUCGGCAAACUGCAGCUCAAGACGGAGUCGGGUUGGGCCGAGCUGUCCGCCGGUCAGAACUUCACUCAGGACGAUGUGGAGAUGAACCGUCUGUGGUACGCACACGGCGCCGCCGCCAACGCCAACGCCGCCGGGUUCAAAGGUCACGACAGCUUCCGCUUCACCCUCAGCGACCUGGACAACGAGACUCCCGCACAGAGCUUCUUCAUCUCAGUCCACACCGUGCAGAAAGGUGACUUAGUGCUGCUGAGCAAGGCGGUGCACCUGACGGAGGGGCAGCGGGUCGUCCUGAACACCGACGUCCUGCUGGCGUCGGACUCGGCCGGGCGCCCGGAGGAGCUGGUCUACGCGGUGUCGGCCCCGCCUCGACACGGCCUCGUCCACGCCGUCCAGCAGCCCGGAGUCCCGCUGAUCACCUUCACGCAGCUGGACGUCGCCGCGCACCGAGUGUGUUACACCCACGACAACAGCCGCCACGCAGAGACGGACGCCUUCAGUUUUGUCGUCACCAACGGCGACUCGUCCCGCAGUGGCACCCUCCACUUCACCAUCGAGCACGGCGACCGCAUCCCGCCUACCCUCCACCGCAACGCGGGCCUCCGGCUGCAGGACGGCUCCACGGAGACCAUCACCGCCGACCGGCUGCAGAUCACCGACCCCGACACCCCCGCCGCCAACCUGAGCUUCGUCAUCACGCAGCCGCCGCGCCACGGUAAACUGCUGCUGAGAGGAGUCCCGCUGUCGCCUCCGCUGAGCUUCACCCAGACGGACGUGGAGGAGCUGAACCUGGCUUACCGACACGACCCGGGCAGCCCGGCGGACAUCGACAGGUUCUACUUCCUGCCGACCGACGGGAACAACAGAGGAUACCUGGAGUUUGGACAGCUGAGAGAGGAGCCUGCGGUCUUCAACAUACAGGUGGAUCGGGUGGACAGGUUGCCUCCCAGUCUGACCACCAGGCGCAGUCCCAGCACCGUGGUGGAUCUGGGCGGCGGGCGUUACGGCAUCUUCAUCACCUCCAAACACCUGCAGGCCUCCGACCGCGACAGCCCCACAGAGGAGCUGGAGUUCUCCAUCUCCAGACCGCCACACUUCGGCUACCUGGAGAACGCCCUCACAGGAGCUUACAUCAAAGGUCGUUUCACCCAGCGGGACGUGGACCAGCGUGCCGUGGUGUUCGUCCUCCCGGCAGACAUGGAGGUGACGGCCGACAGCUUCCGGUUCCGCCUCACCGACCCGGCGGGAAACGCCGCGCUGCCUGAGAUACUGGAGCUGUCCUGGUCUCGGGUGGAGUUGUCGGCAACCUGCUACCGAACCUGUGAGACGGCGGGGACGCUUCAGAUCCAGAUCCGACGCAGCGGGAAGAGCGCCGACCCGGCAUACGUCGCCAUCCAGGUGGAGGAAGGAUCGGCCAAACCCGGCAGAGACUUCACUCACAGCACAGCCGGUCUCAUCCAGUUUGACCCAGGAGUCAGUGUGAAAACCUGGAACAUUUACCUGAUAGACGACGGUCUGGAGGAAAACCACGAGACCUUCACUGUCACCCUGAAAAACCCCAAAAACUCCGUCCUGGGACAGAGGACCUCCGCUAGUGUUGAGAUCAUCGACCCCAGAGGAGGACGGUGCGAUCCGGAUGACCUGAGGGUGGAGGAGGGCGAGAAGCGACUCCCAGCUCGCCUCCCCGACCCUCCCAGACCGGAGGAGGAGGACCCCGUCACCGACAUCGAGGCGGAGCUGCUGUGGGAGAACCAGCCUAACCCCCCCCGAGGCGACGUCCCAAACCGACGGCCCUACCUGGACUACGGGGAGGGGGAACCACAGGACCAGGCGGCCCCCAGCUACAGCCACAUCCACUACCACAGCAGGCAGCUGCCAGGGGCGGGCACUGGGAGCACUGGGAGCACUGGACCCAGGGUCAGACACGGAGGACUAAAGGUCCAUCUGUCAGGAGAGAGGAGGUCUGAGGAGCAGGUCUGGACGUUCCACAGUCUGACUCCUCUCCGGCUGGAGGAGCUGCAGCCGGGUGAUGCCGGGUGGAGCUCAUCGCCUCACAGUCGCUUCCUGCAGGAGCUCCCAGUCGGAGACCGUCCUCAGAUGGAUCAUCCAGAAGCCAGACACCACCCAGAGCUACGCCAGCGCAAGACAGGGAAGUCAGUCAGCAGCUCCUGUCCUGCCGGCUGGACUCACUACAGGAGACGCUGUUACAUCCUCAGCUCGUCUGUGGCCAGCUGGGCCAGCGCCGAGCGGACCUGCUCACUGCUGUUUAACAGCAGCCUCACCAGCGUGCGGUCCAGGAGAGACAUGACCUGGCUGUGGAAGUUUGCACGGAGAGAGCCAUUUUGGAUCGGUCUGUCUGGAGGUUCGGGUCGCUGGAUGUGGACUGACGGUCGGCCCGUGACUUUCUCCAGACUGAGGGGGCCGCCGCCGGCCCGCAGUGAGUCCGACGUCGGCUCAGACUGCGUGCUGGUUGAAAACCCCAGAAGCUGGAUUUCCACAAGCUGCUCCCCCGAAACUCAACACACAUUCAUCUGUUCGUCGUCGGCUCACACUCACUGAGACACUCGGAGUAUUUACAGUCGUAACGACUCUGCGAACCCGUUCAAGUCAUAUUUAAUUAUAUAAUACGCAAUGAUGCUGCUCUGUACAUUAGUUUUCUUUUUUUUGUGGUAAUAAAGAUUGCUGCGCAAACCGAAA